AUGUCGUCUAAUCUUCAAUUAUUACCAUUGCAUGAGAAUCAAUAUUUUCAAAAUAAUGUAAUUGAACUACUCAAUGAUGAAUGGCAACAAUCAAAAACUAUUCGUAUGCGACGUUUAGAACGUUCUUGUAAUGAUUUUCCUAUAUCAUAUAUUCUUAUAAAUAAUAAUAAUCAACUUAUUGGUUAUUGUUAUGUCGAUCGACUUCUAGAUGAAGAACAAAGUGUUAUUGUUGAAUCAGUUUGUAUACAACGAACAUUACGAGGCAAUGGUUAUGGACGAAUAUUAAUGAAACUUCUAGAAGAUCAACUUCAUCAACGAAAACCUAAAAUUGAAUUUAUUUAUUUAACAACAACUGAUAAACGUCAGUUUUAUGAAAAAUGUGGUUAUGAAGAAACUAAUCCACGUGUUCGAUUAAAUAUUUCAAGUAAAUUAUUUAAUGGUAAUGAACAAAUAUUAAAAAAUUUAUUAGCUAAUCAAAUACAACCAACAACUGAUAGUCAUGUUAUUUUACAAAAAGGUUCAACUAUUCAAAGAAUUCAAACUAUUUGGAUGAAAAAAAAAAUUUGA